UGAACAAAAAAAGAGGAAGAGAAUUGCCAUUUGUUUCUCGGAACCCAUCUUCAAGUCCUCUAUCAUAAUCAACAAUCAUAAAAUAUGCUUAAACUCAGAGGCCUUCUGAUUUGUUUUCUGAUUGUGGCCAUGGAUGUUGCAGCAGGGAUUCUUGGCAUCCAAGCCGAAGUUGCGCAAAACAAGGUUAAGCACCUGAGACUGUGGAUAUUUGAGUGCAGAGACCCAAGCCAUGAGGCUUUCAAGCUAGCUUUGGGUGCAGCAGUUCUGUUAAGCCUAGCCCACGUUCUCAUUAACCUGCUGGGUGGGUGCAUGUGUGUUUGUUCUCAAGAAGAGUUCCAAAGAGCCUCCCCAAAUAGGCAACUCUCAAUGGCAUGUCUCAUUUUCACAUGGAUCAUAUUAGCGGUGGGAUUGUCGACGCUGGUGAUAGGGAUGAUAUCAAACAACAAAGCCAGGGCGUCAUGUGGUUUCACGCACCAUCAUUUGUUGUCCAUUGGGGGGAUUGUGUGUUUCGUUCAUGGGCUGUUUGCUGUUGCAUAUUACGUUUCCGCCACAGCAGCUACCGACGAAGAAAAGUAAGGGAUGUCAUCAUUUUGUUUCAACUUUACUGAUCAUUGAUAAAACAAAAAUGUAAACAUCUUUGAGUGACAUUAUCAGUCUGGCGGGACAGCUGAUAUUGUUAUUUGCUACAGUUUGGUUUUAAGUUAUUUUAUUAGUUGGGUCAUUGGAAGUUUGACACAUUUUUUAACAUUAUCAGUCUCCAUAGCGUUGCUUUAAUAAAAAAAGAGAUUUGCAA